CAUCUGAUCAAAGAGUGGUAAGAAGAAAUGUUCUGCCUGAAGGAUUUCAGUGUUUUUCUCCCAUGCCUGCUCCUCUUCAUAAUCCAGCCAGGUCGUGGUUCUGAGAUCAUUGAUGGGAAAGAAGUCUGGCCACACUCGCUGCCCUUCAUGGCUUAUCUGAGAAGUAAAAACUCAGCUUGUGGCGGGACUUUAAUCGAUCCACAGUGGGUCCUGACGGCCGCCCACUGCACUAAUAUGAUUAAAGUGACCCUGGGAGCGCACUCCAUCACAAAACGGGAAAAAUAUUCUAAGCAGGUCCGAGAGGUUGAGAAACGUUUUCCUCAUCCCUACUAUCAGAAUGCAUUCCAGGGCAACGACCUCAUGUUGCUCAAGCUGAACAAACCUGUGGUUCGAACACGGACGGUGAAAUGGCUCAAGUUUGGCCAAACUGUCAGAGACCCUGCAGCUGGCAGUAAGUGUCUGGUAGCUGGAUGGGGACGAAUUGAAAACAACCAAAGAUCAGAUGUCCUCCGAUAUGCAUACGUGACUGUGAUCGACAGACAGAAGUGCAACUCUCGUGAUUAUUACAACCACAGACCUGUUAUCACCAGUGGCAUGGUCUGCGCUGGUUCAAAUGGUGCAAACAAGGCUGGUACCUGUGCUGGGGAUUCAGGAGGGCCGCUGUUGUGCAAUGGUCGGCUGGUUGGAGUCACUUCUUUUGGACCUCGCGAGUGUGGUACCAUUGAUAAACCUGGAGUCUAUUCAUUUGUCUCAGAGAAGCAACUCAAGUGGAUCAAAGAAACAAUGAACUCAUAUGAAUGAAUCCAUAAGGGUCACUCCAUAUGAGCUGAGCAAGAUCUUUGAUGCUUUUUUGUUAAAUCUGUCAAUGCUGUCAUUGUAAACCAGUUACUUGAUCAGUAUCCAUUUUUCAUUUCAUUGAUUCUCUUAUACUUUAGUUUCUGCUAGCUUGCUUUAUUUUGACAGAUUAUGCACAUAUAUAACAGCAGCCCGCUCAUUGUUAGCCCUUUCCACUGAAGGAAGUUAAGGCCGAUAAAGGUGGCACAAACAUUAAUAGGGAUGACCCCCCCCAACACAUUUUUAACAUUUCUAUUUUUUUUUUAAAAACAGGACAGAGUCACUGUGAAGGUUUGUGGAUUACUGUUUGGCAUUUUGGCUGUUACUGCAGACCGCAUAUAAACAUGGUUAUUGCUAAUAACAAUUUUUCUAAGUAACUUAUAGUACUCCCAAAUAUGAGUGCUCCUGUUUGCUGCAGAUGACUGCCACUGCUGCAAUAAAAUGAGGGGAAAGUGAUUUUUGUACACACAAAAACUAUAAAAAUAAAACAGCAAAGUGAGAUUAUUCAGUCUGUCAGGCAGAGAUUCACCACCUGCUGUGUUAUAAUCUCAUCUCAUUCUGAGUAUUUGUGCUUGAACCCCCACAAAAUAAUUUUUCUAACAUCCUUUCUACUUUUUCUACUUUCUAAUAAAGCUG